AGAAAAUCUUAAUCUGCUCCAUUUUAAUCACAAUGUCUCAUCUGCUUACCCGGCAUUACGAUUUUAAAUGGAGCAGAUUAAGUUAAUUCUCCAUCACUGUUUUUUCUUCUAGGGCAGGCCUUCUCCGAUGUUAAAUUUGAAAAACAGCUGAAAUUCAAUCUGAUCAGCGGAGGAAAUUCGUUGAUUCCACUAAUUCUCUAUAAGUUUGUACUGUGGAUUUCUGUACCUGUAAAAUUCUUCUCAUUUUCUACUUGGAUUCAGCUCUGAUUCUUAGCUUUAUGAAUGUCUAGGGUUUUCAUCUUUCAUUAUUAAGAUGUUUGUUAAGUUUCUCAUGAUUUAGGCCUUGCUGAAUAUUUCUACUUACUGGUUCCCAUUAACAUUGGAGAUUAAAGAUUGGCUUAUUUAGGUUAAUUGUUAUUUCUCUGUCUGACUGGAUUUGUGGAUUUCAGCUUGGAUCCCUGGUUGAUUUGCUUUUGAAUUUCUAGAUUAAUUGAUUACUGUUUCUGUCUGACCCAGUUUGCAGACAAGUGAAUCGAAUGUGGAAUUUUGAACAUAUACUGGAUAAGAAAGCUGUGUCUCUCAAGACAACAUAGGUGUGCAUUUUGUAAAAUGAGAAAAAAGAUGGGCAAUUUUCAAAUACACUCAAGAAAGGUGCUCAUGGAAAGAGGUAUCCGUACUCAAUAGGAAAAAGCUUUUAAAGAAAAGACGAUAUCCUGGUGGAACGUCAGCAAUGACGAAAUCUAUCGUCGCUUUUUGGGCUGCAAUCUUUAGACCUGACUUAUAUCUUUGUUAGAUAGCUUUAUUUUUGAUUUGGCUUUAAUGUUGUCACCAACAACAGUAGUGGCACCAGAAGAAGAUGCCGGCAACAGUAGUAAUGCUACAGCUAAAGUUGCAGAUAACGUGAAAAUGACACCAUCAGUAGUAUUUGAAGAGAUUACACAGGCGUUAUCUGAUGUUGAUCCUAAAGAACAAUAUCUGCCGCCAUUUGAAAAACAACUUAGUGAUUUUACAGGAUAUCAUAAGACCAUGGAGCGGAAUCUUCGAUCUCAGGGUCAUAAGGUGAUGAGUAAAAAGUAUGUUUUGGAUGGAUACAAGCAGCUGUACGAUGCAGCAUGUGAUGGUGACUGGGAAAAAGCUAGUAAGUUUUUCAAAAACAAUCCACAAGCGAUUCGAGAAGUUAUCACAGAAGAACUUGAAACACCACUGCAUAUAGCUAUAAGCAAGAAUCACUUGGUGUUUAUAGAGGAGAUUGUCAGACUCAUGCCACCAGAAGUACUGGAAUUUAAGAAAAAAAAUUCUGAGUUUACAGCACUUCACUUAGCUAUCAAGUAUGGAAACCUUAAAGCAGCUGAGAUGAUGGUUAAGAUGAACCAGAAGUUAACUCAGAUACGCAAUUGCGAUGGACGGGUACCCCUCGCUUAUGCUCUUGCGUAUACUACAGGUGCACAGAAAGAGAUAGUUGAGUACCUUUACUCUGUAACUAAUGAUGAUGACCCAAGUCCAUUCUUGGGUCAUGAUGGUGCUAGCCUAUUGUGUGAUGCAAUUAAUCAAGAGUUUUACGAUAUAGCGUCAUCUCUUGUCCGCCGAUUUCCAGGAUUGGUUAGUACAAAGUCGAAGCGGUCUAAGCAAUAUGGAUUCGAUAUACUUGUUGGGAAGCCGUUUACAUUCUUAAGCGGAGCUAAGCUAACAUGGUGGCAGCGUUGCAUUUAUUCAUUAAUUCAAUUGGACAUGGAUGCUGCAGAUGGCUAUGACAGCCAAGUAAAUGACAAAAACCCUUGGGGAAUAGAUGUAGGGAACGAAAGAGAAAAGGGUAAGUGUUCAGAGAGCACCAUAUCAGACGAAGAGAACCCUUCACAAAGCAUAAGGGCCAAUAUUGAGGAUGCAGAGAACACUUCAAAGAUCUCAGAAGGCAUCAUAGGAGAUGAAUAUCAUCUUUCAGUGGGCUAUAAAGUCCCCUUAUCAACUAGCAAAGACCCAUCAAUAAUCAAGUCCGUCCCAAUCAUCUUCAUGCCUUACCUAAUGCGAGUGCCUCAAAUCAAACAAUUGUACAACCAGAAGUUGAUGCAUAAACAGGCCCUCGCAUUGGUCAAAAGUAUGAUAGGACAACUCAAAGAAGCAAUGAACAGGAAAGAGAUAGCAGAGUUUUUUAACAGUUCUACCGCCAUCAAGGUAGCUAUAAAGCAUGGGUCGACGGAGUUUAUAGAGGCGACCCUUGAGAAAUUAUAUUACCUAAUUUGGCAAGAAAUUGGAGGACUAACAAUGAUUCAAAUGGCUGUGCAAGAACGAGAUGAUACUAUUUUUAAUUACUUGUGCGAAACCGCUGAUAUUAUGGGGGAAAAAUUGAGUCUAUAUUCUAAAGAAGAUAAAAGCUACAACACUCUCUUGCACUAUGCUGCAAAAUUAGCGCCUUUGGCUAAACUCAAUUUGGUUUCUGGUGCAGCACUGCAGAUGCAACGUGAAUUACAGUGGUUCAAGGGCGUGGAAAGUAUCCUACUCAAGAAAAAAAAGUUCAGCCCAAACAUAGAUGGAGAUACAGCUCAGUCAAUAUUUACGGAGGAACAUAAAGAUUUAGUGGUGAAAGGCGAGAAAUGGAUGAAGGAUACAUCUGGAUCUUGCAUGGUAGUAGCUACCCUCAUUGCUACUGUAGCAUUCGCAGCUGCUUUUACCAUCCCUGGAGGUAAUAUAAGUGAUAGUAAUAGCGGCAAAAACGGCACUCCAGUUUUCUUGGGAACUACAUCAUUUAUCGUAUUUGUUGUGGCUGAUGCAUUAGCUCUAUUCUCUUCAAUCACGUCAGUGCUUAUGUUUUUAGCUUUGUACACUUCAAGAUAUGCAGAAGAAGAAUUCCUCAUGUCCCUUCCACGAAAACUUGUUAUAGGUCUUGGAACUUUAUUCAUAUCGAUGGCUACCAUAUUGGUAGCUUUUAGUGCAGCAUUGUCCAUUGCGCUUGAAGAUAGGUGUGUCUGGGCACCAAUUCCUAUGGCGUUAUUUAGUUGUGUUCCUGUAUUGCUAUUUGUACUGUUGCAGUUACCAUUGUUUGUUGAAAUUGUUCGUUCUGCGUACUGGGGUAGCCUCUUCUCAAAACAUAGAUAUGCCCUACCUAGAGUUGCUCAGUACAAUGGUACUAAGAAAGAUAAUUGAGCUCUAAAUCAGGUUGUUCUGGCUGCUAAGAAUUGGGAGGUGUAGUGAAAUGUAUGCCCUGUGUUCAUCAACUUUGGUGCAUUUUACUCGAUUUACAUUUCUUGGUACUGAACAUUUGCAAUUGGUAUAUCCCUGUUAAUGAAAUCCAAUUUGUUACA